AUGGCAGACGGUGGAGAUUGUGGUGGUAGCUAUAGCUCCGGCGACUGUGGCGGCGGCGACUCCGGCGGUUGUAGCACAUCCCAUACCGCAGGUGACGGGGGCAGCUACUCGGGCGGGUUUUCAGGAACCGAUUACAUCCCACAAGGCUCCUGGUCCAGCCCACCGUUGACAGCCGAGGAGCGCGCGGAACGCGACCACAAACGCAAAGAAGAACAAGAGAAGUACGAGCGUAAGAGAGCGGAACGCAAAGAGGAGAAGAAUCAAAGAAGGCUAGUCCGAGCAGAAACCGUUGCUACAGUCAAGACGAAGCGCCGCGACUCCAAUAAGCUGAAGGAGAAGCUCCGUCUGACCACCACGCUACUUACGCUCAAGCUUCAUCUUUAA